CAACUGUUGGAAAUGCAGAAGUCCAAUGUGCCACAAAAAUCCAAUUUAGGGACACUGACAGACAGCCAAGAAUUUCCAGAAGAGAAACCUCAGAGUCCUCAGGAUUAUCACCAUGUGGUUAAACUUCUUGAAAGACAGAAAAGUAAGUGGACAUCUAGGAUACAAACUCUUUGUCAUGAACAUGAGAGAGAAAAGUCCCGGCUGCUGUCAGAGAUUGAGAAGCUCAGAUCAACAGUGAAAAAAGACACAGAUAAAAAUCACAGCUUUUACAAGAGGAGGAUAGAAGAAUUGGAGCAGAAACUUAAGGAGCAGAAUGGGCCAAUGAGUGCUGAGAAGAAGCAGAUAAAAGAGUUGUCCCCAAAGUCAGUUACAAGUGUCAAACCGUAUGAUGUGAACACUACUGUAGAACAUCUUGAAGAAUCUAAACCAAGUCUACCAGUGGUGCAUGAAACGGAGAAAAGUGAUCGUGAACCAGGCAGAAAUAACAACUAUCUACGAAAUGUUUUGAAGACUGUUCCUUCUUUAACUAAAGAACUACGCAUUGUUUUGGAGCAAACCCUGGAGGAGAAGCUGGACUACUUAGGAAUUAAACCAGGUGUUCGUGGCAUCCCCAAUGAUCACUUACACAAAAUUCUGCGUGCCAUUGCCUCUGCUCGGGAGAGCAAAGAGAAGCAGGAGCCGGACAUCCGCCGCAUCCGAGAGCAUCUCCAGCGCCAAGUCUGCUGCAUGGCUGAAGAGAAAUCUGCAUCUUGUGGUAGCAAUAGACCUGUUUCCUGGCCUCAGCUUCCUUCAGAAGAGAAACAGAAGUUCAGUCAAUUGGGAAUUUCCUCAUCUGCCACACCACAAAAAGAAGUGAGAAGGUCUUCAACAACUGUCCGCCCAGCUGAACAGAAAACUGUCAUCCCUGUGGCUACAUCCACAGCAAAGAAACUUUUUGAAAAUGAAGUUUCCAGAGAGACGUCGAGCCUCACAACUUCCCCGUUCAGUUCAGAGGACGAAGCAGACGAAGACACUAAACCUCUAUACACAUCACCAGAGUUAGUGCAGAAGCAGUCAAGACCAUCAAGCAGCAAAGUCAGCGCUUUUCAGAGGGCUUCUGGCAAAAGCACUAUGGAUGGGAUGGAGGGAAGUGAAAUGGAAAAAUCUGGAACAACUGCCAAGACUUCAAAAGGGACAGUUAUUCAAAAACUGAGUAAACAAGUUGGGAAGAGUCUUUCUAAGCAUGGAAAUAAGAACAAACCAGCUGGAGGGAUUCAUGUUGCACAGGCGUUUGUUAAGGAAGAAGAGGUGAAAGAUCUGAAGUUCACAGAAAUGGAUGAAGAUGAUUGGGAUCUAUCAUCAGCAGAAGACCUUUUACCAGUGAAAGAUGAUAAAGGCCAGAAGGCACUGACAGCUCAGAAAUCAGAGUCAACAAAUGCUGCAUCUGUGGUACAUGGAUGGGGUCCUCCAAAGACAAGUGUACCAAAGGAGGAAGGCCUUCAGGAAGGUGAUAAUACAAGCACGUUAAAAAGCAGCUUAGUCACUGUAACAGACUGGAGUGAUUCUUCAGAUAUAUAA